GUGUUCUGUGCCCACAGGAGAUGCUGCAGGAUAAGGGCCUGUCGGAGAGCGAGGAGGCCUUCCGGGCCCCGGGCUCGGUGCUCGGCGAGGCCAGCGCGGCCAACGCCGCCAACGCCCCCGAGCCCGCGCUGGCCGCGCCGGGCCUCAGCGGAGCCGCGCUCGGCAGCCCCCCGGGCCCCGGCGCCGACGUCGCCACCGCUGCCGCCGCCGAGCAGACUAUCGAGAACAUCAAGGUGGGCCUGCAUGAGAAGGAGCUCUGGAAGAAGUUUCACGAGGCGGGCACUGAGAUGAUCAUCACCAAGGCGGGCAGGAGGAUGUUCCCCAGCUACAAGGUAAAAGUCACAGGCAUGAACCCCAAGACCAAGUACAUCCUGCUGAUCGACAUCAUCCCCGCAGAUGACCACCGCUACAAGUUCUGUGACAACAAAUGGAUGGUGGCAGGGAAGGCUGAGCCGGCCAUGCCCGGAAGGCUCUACGUUCACCCGGAUUCUCCUGCCACUGGGGCCCACUGGAUGCGGCAGCUGGUCUCCUUCCAGAAGCUGAAGCUGACAAACAACCACCUGGACCCCUUCGGCCAUAUCAUCCUCAACUCCAUGCACAAGUACCAGCCGCGGCUACACAUCGUGAAGGCUGACGAGAACAAUGCUUUUGGCUCCAAAAACACAGCUUUCUGCACCCACGUGUUCCCAGAAACUUCCUUCAUCUCUGUGACCUCCUACCAGAAUCACAAGAUCACACAGCUGAAAAUUGAGAACAACCCUUUUGCCAAGGGGUUCCGGGGCAGUGAUGACAGUGACCUGCGUGUGGCCCGGCUGCAGAGCAAAGAAUAUCCCGUGAUCUCCAAAAGCAUCAUGAGGCAGAGGCUCGUCUCCACCCAGCUGUCAUCCAAGCCUGACGUCAGCCCCCUGCAUGGGGCUCACCAGGCGCUCCAACACUACCAGUACGAGAACGGGCCUCACAUGCAGUUCGCUGCGGCUGAGCCCCAGGACCUUCCCCUCAGCACCUUCCCAGCCCAGAGGGACUCCAGCCUCUUCUAUCACUGCCUGAAAAGACGAGACAGUGCCCGCCACCUGGACUUACCCUGCAAAAGAUCUUAUCUGGAAGCUCCCACUGCAGUGGGGGAGGAUCAUUAUUUCCGGUCUCCCCCUCCCUACGACCAACAGAUGCUGAGCCCCUCCUACUGCAGUGAGGUGACCCCACGAGAAGCCUGCAUGUACUCAGGUUCAGGGACCGAGAUCGCCGGGGUGUCCGGGGUGGACGACUUGCCCCCGCCCCCACUGAGCUGUAACAUGUGGACGUCAGUGUCGCCGUACACGAGCUACAGCGUUCAGACCGUGGAGGCUGUGCCUUACCAGUCCUUCCCCACGCACUUCACCGCCACCACUAUGAUGCCCCGGCUGCCCCCGAUCUCAGCUCCGAGCUCCCAGCCGCCCGGAAGUGCCCACUUCAGCGUCUACAAUCAGCUCUCACAGUCUCAGGUCCGAGAGCGAGAGCGGGGGCCCAGCGCCUCCUUCCCGAGGGAGCGCGGCUUCCCCGGCACUGGCACCGCGUGCGAGCGGAAGCCGCCCUCGCCGCACCUGAAUGCUGCCAACGAGUUUCUCUACUCGCAGAGCUUCUCCUUGUCCCGGGAAGCCUCCUUACAGUAUCAUUCAGGAAUGGGGACUGUCGAGAACUGGACUGACGGAUGACUCUCAGGGCCCGCCCACAGCCCCAGUACCGGGUUGACCCAGCAUUAACCUCUGAGGGUGGCGUGCACUACCAAGAAACACAGGAAGGUAUCAUAAAGGGUGGGGUGCGAGUGCGCGUGAGCAUUUCUUUAGAGGGCAUCUAUCUUCUGACAUACGACUGAGGCCAUGACAAAGGAAAAAACACACUGUCUCGGAAGUGAUUUUGGCUGCAGGACCUGGAUCCACUGUUAAUCUGAUAUCUCUUGACAUGCCCGUGGGUGGGAUGGGAGUGGAGAGUUCAGGUG